UUUUGGGGAACACCAGACCUACUCUGCUUGCUCAGUCGGGGGUGCGCGUCCAGCAGUCCCUGUGUGAGCUCGGAGCGGAGCCACCCUGCAUGCGGCAUUGCAUAACCUCGAGGCGUCCGCCUCCCGGAGCCCCUCGCCCAGGCCAGGCCCCAGCAGUAGCGCAGAAAUCCCACAGAUAUACCCCCUUGGACUGCGGGGCAAAGUCCCUCGCGGAAAUGGCGGGACUGAGCUAGCCUUUCGGGGCGAGCCUCUGGUGUUGCCCCACCCGCUUUCCUCGCCGACACUUCCCGAGGCCCCAGGCUGAGCCGCGCUGGCGCCUCCGGCAGUUGGCUCCCCGCCCCUCGGAAGCGCGGACCGCGGCGCCUGUGGCCAGAGGAGGGGCCCGGUGCAGGGACGCGGCUCGGCGGGAGCGUCCGGGGACAUGUCUGCGCGCCACCGCCACCAGGGCUGCAGCGGUCCCCGCGAGGGACCUGUUGAGGCUGUGCUGUUGUAUAACAGAUGCUUAAUCACUUCCGGACCCACUAAUAUCAGAGGGAGUGGAGUACUGACCAAUACUAAAGUGACUCGUGGAGAUGGCCAGAAACCCAUGUGCCAGGUAGCAUUCCAUGCCAACCUUGAAUGCCUGACGGGAAGACACUGGGAAGCAGACUUUUCCAAGAUCAUAGCUUGCUGGUGGAAUAACCCGGCAAAGGAGAAAAACAUUUGCAACCAUGGCAAAAGUAAAUAGAUCUGGGUCCACCUCCCCCCCAGAUGGAGGCUGGGGCUGGAUGAUCGUGGCUGGCUGUUUUCUUGUCACCAUAUGCACCCGGGCUGUCACCAGAUGCAUCUCAAUUUUUUUUGUGGAGUUCCAGACAUACUUUGGUCAGGAUUAUGCACAAACUGCAUGGAUCCACUCCAUCGUAGAUUGUGUGACCAUGCUUUGUGCUCCACUUGGGAGUGUUGUCAGCAACCAUUUAUCCUGUCAAGUGGGAAUCAUGCUAGGUGGCUUGCUUGCAUCUACUGGUUUCAUCUUGGGCUCGUUUGCCACCAACCUGAAGCAUCUCUACCUCACACUGGGAGUUCUUACAGGUCUUGGAUUUGCACUUUGUUAUUCUCCAGCCAUUGCCAUGGUUGGCAAGUAUUUCAGCAGACGAAAAGCCCUCGCUUAUGGGAUCGCGAUGUCAGGGAGCGGCAUCGGCACCUUUGUCCUGGCUCCUGUGGUUCAGCUCCUCAUAGAAGAGUUUUCCUGGCAGGGAGCAUUGCUCAUCCUCGGGGGCUUCGUCUUGAAUCUCUGUGUGUGCGGUGCCCUGAUGCGGCCCAUCACUCUCAAAGAAGACCAUUCGAGUCCCGAGCAGAACCGUGUCUGCCAAACGCAGAAAGAAGACUGUAAGCAGGCAUCCCCCUACUCGUCUUGGACCAAAGAAUGGGCGAAGACCUGCCUUUGUUGCUCCUUGCAGCAGGAAUAUAAUUUUUUACUCAUGCCAGACUUUGUUGUGUUCGCUGUUUCUGUGCUAUUCAUGGCUUAUGGCUGCAGCCCUCUCUUCGUGUACUUGGUGCCUUAUGCUUUAAGUGUCGGAGUGAGCCACCAGCAAGCUGCCUUUCUUAUGUCCAUACUUGGGGUGAUUGACAUUGUUGGCAACGUCACUUUUGGAUGGCUAACAGACAGAAGGUGUCUGAAGAGUUACCGGUACCUUUGCUACCUCUUUGCCGUGGGGCUAGAUGGGCUCUGCUAUCUCUGCCUCCCAAUGCUCCAAAGUCUCCCCCUUCUUGUGCCUUUCUCUUGUACCUUUGGCUACUUUGAUGGAGCCUAUGUGACCUUGAUUCCAGUAGUGACUGCAGAAAUAGUGGGGACCACCUCUUUGUCAUCGGCGCUUGGUGUGGUAUACUUCCUUCACGCAGUACCCUACCUGGUGAGCCCACCCAUUGCAGGAUGGCUGGUAGAUACAACCGACAGCUACACCGCAGCCUUCCUUCUCUGUGGAUUUUCCAUGAUAUUUAGUGCUGUGUUGCUUGGCUUUGCUAGACUUGUAAAGAGGAUUAAAAAACCCCCACUGCAGUUGUUUGCCAAAGAAUCUGAUCCCAAGCUGCAGCUCUGGACCAAUGGAUCGGUGGCUUAUUCUGUAACAAGAGAAUUAGGUCAGAAAGAUGAGGAAUUUGUGGCUGUAGCAGGCGCUGGUUACAGCCUCACAUGACCAAUGGCCUUGAGCCUGGGAAUUUUCAGGGCUGAGAGAGGUGGGACCAUCAAUUUUUCAUGUUUCUGAAGCAUCGUAUCUGGGCAGAAGUGUUGCCCUUCAAGCCAAUUAUUAUUGUUGUUUUGUUGACAUAUUUAUAUGGGGAAAAUAGCAAAUAAUAAAGAGUGCUGGACUAGUGUAGAGUUUCCUCUUUGGGGAUUUGCAUUCACAAUCAAACUUAGAUCUUUUAGUCAAUGGAGAAUUGCUCCUUGGAGACUAUAAGGACUUUGUUGAUUUAAUGAGCUAUAAUUAGGCAUAGUUCCAGUAUAUAACCAAAGUAUAUGAUACUGAGCAGCAGCUUGUCCAUCUCAAUGUGCGGGCAAACCGAAACACUGACACAAAGGUUGCUGUCUUUAUCCUGUUUGCAAAAGAGGGGCCAGCUUGGGUAUGGUGGUGGAAGGUGAAGAUUCCAGUCUUUUGUCAUGGCAAAGUUUCUUGUGAGAAAGGAAUACUUGAAAUUCUUCCAAAGGCAACAGUUAAUACAGAAAGAGGCUUUUCCCUCCUCACCCUCUUGUACCCAACCUUUGCAUUUGCUGAUGGCUGGAUAUUGUUUGGAGAAUCCAACAAAUCAUGCAAUGCCACGUCUAGAAUGGAUCUUAACAGGUGACUGGUGAAGAUAUUCUACUUGAAAUAGUCCACUUGAAAUGGAAAGCUCUCACCCUUGGAUUGUUUCCUGGCACUUAUCUCUAUGGUGAUUAUGUGCUUACUCUUAAGAGCACAUCCUGUUGCAAGGACAAUGUCUCCAUCUUUACUGAGAGGUUGGUACGGCCAAAACUUCCCUUGUUCUCCUUCCCCUGAGAAAAGCUCUUAUUUAAAGUGCAGACACAGUCUUAUGAGGGACUAAAAUUGACAGCAUUCCAGUUGGACAAGGAUUAGAUUCUGGAAUCAGCAGGUCUCUAGUGAGAGAUUUCUUUGCAGAUCAGACAUUACGUUCCUUAGCACCCCCCAAAAUGACGUGGAAGUUUUAUCUGAAAAAUAUCUUCGAGUUACUCUAAAACCAAGAUUUUUUUCUUCCAGUAUUCAUGCUUGUUCCAACACACCCUGUCCUAUCUCUUUUCAUGGAUAAUAACUAGAAACACAACUUACUGACUUAGUUUUUCAUUCCCCAAUCUUCCUCUUCUCUGUGAGUUGGAACUCUUUCUGAGUUUUCAGGUUGAAGAGGAGGAGCACAGAGAGAUAACAGGCCAGGUCUUCCAGGCUGUGUGUAACUGUUGCAAAUCCACAGAAUUUUAAUCUUGAAUCCAAAAUUAUCUGACACAAAUAGGGGCAAUUUAUGUAGUUACAAGGAGGAUUUUAAUUAUUCAGGAGUUUUAAAUUCAAACCUCCAGGAAAUCUUUUGAGCCUAACAGCCAUUUAAGCCACUGAAUCCCUAGAGACUUCACAAGUGCCAGGGAUGCUGGGAGGAAAAAUAGAACACGAGGAUGAUCCUGGGUUGGCUACAGAAUCCUUGCUUCUAACUGGAUUAUCUCACAACCAUCACAGUAAUCAAGGUUAAUCUGUUGCUUUCUAAAUGAAAUACUGACUUGAUUUGAUGAGAGAAAAAUCAUAUUAUUUCCAGGUUGUUUUCCAAAGAGGAAUUUGAAUGUUGUCUGUUAUCUCUUUAGUUUGAAAAUUAGUUUUUAAAUCUAUUGACUUUCACAUUGCAACCUAAAAAAAUUGUAAAAUAUGUGUAAAACAUCAAAG